CUAGAUUCGUGGAUAGUCAGGUCCUGACCACGGCUGUGUCGGUCGGUACGCCCCAUCAUCGCGGUAUUACCGCACUUACUAGGUCUUCCGACAUAUCACUCCUUCUACAACUACUGCGACAUGACGUUCGCCAAACGCGUCCUCUUCUUCGUCGUCCGCGUCAUCCUCUUUUUUCCACUCGUCUUUCUCAGCGCAGCCCUCCUUUAUGCCUUUCUCCCGUCGCCCGGUCCGACCGACCUGGAAGCCGAUGCAUUGUUCUACCUUGGUCAAGAGCAAGAUCGCAGCUCAGAGUCUUUCCGUCUGACGAGGGUGUUCCAAACUUCUUCCUUCUUCUCAAAGACUGCAGAGGUCCUUCCCGUCACCGAAACAAAUAUCACAACAGAUCUUUCGGCGCUCUUUGAGCGCAGCCACCUGGUCCUCGACUUGGUAUGGAACAGCAGAGAAGCGGAGCUGAACGUGCGAAGCAUCGUCGAACCGACCGCCUUUUCUUGUCCGCCAGACUGGAGAGAGCAGAAGGCCAAUGCGUUGGCACUCGGGCCGAUUCAGUCGGUCUACGUCGGCACUGGCGACAACGACGGCAUCUCACUGCCUUGGUUCAAGACCGCGGACGCAAUCCUGCUCUGGGCACACACGAGGCCUCUUGUCUCGGAGGUGGCGGUUGCGCAAGUCCCCCUCACUACGACGUGCGAGGCAUGGACAGACGAAUCUGGCAGAGAGCUUGUCAAGCUCGCGCUUCGCCCGGCCCAGAGUAGCCCACAAGAUCGGCUGCCCCUCCUCGCGAUCAAUUAUGACGCAUCGGCCGUCCGCUCCGUCUCGUUUCCAGCGGCGGCGCUCAAGGAGCAGCCGGAUGAUGCACCCAUUGUAUCGGCUCCUUCCUACACCUACGUGCUCCGCAAGACCGCCCUCGAUGUCCUCGCCUCCAUCCUUGUCGAUGCUGGCUCAGCACCACACUCAACCCUCUACAACAGGAUCGUCGACGGGAUCGGGUUCCUUUUCCGGAACGGCUUCCUGUUCCUCCAACUGAUCCUCUUCCUGGCCGUCGUGGUCUUUGCCCGCAACCGCAAGCUACAGGAAGAGGCGCUGGCGGAACAGGCAAGACGAGCAGAGGUCCACCUCGAGCCCAGCGUGCAGGAUCGGCACCGGUCCCCAGUGGAGCCGUAUUCUGAUGCCGAGUCGGGUCGGGUGCCUUCGGAGGCCGUUUUGGUUGACGUGACGCCAGAAGGGCCCAGCGACUCCGAGCCUCCUGCACUGAUCAUCACAGUGGAGCAGCCACGCGAUGAGGCCGAACAGCAGCAGAGGAAGGAUGGCCGGGAUGGCAAGACCAGCAAGGGACCCUGAUAUGUUCUCGGUUCUGUGAUGCUCUCAAGGCCUUCUCAUUCUCCUCAUUAAUUGCGAUUCACUCUCUUGUCUGCGAUCUUUUUACUUUCAUAUUCGGUGUGGAACCUCUCGUGAUUUGAAGCUC